CAGUGUCACUGCCUGAGGAUUGUAUAAAAUUCUGCAGCGAAUGCAUCAAUCAUCUCUUGUUUUGAAAGCAGCGACUGCCCGCUUUUCAAAGCGCCUUUUUAUACAGGUGCGCUGGCGAAGCGCGUAAAAUACGAGAUACAGUCGUCUGACAAGUGUCCAUACUGCGUCGUUGGGCCUUACCGUCAGCAGCUGUAGCGUACCGCAACAUGCUGUCGUGGAUGAUCAGCCGCAAGCGGGAGCUCGACCUGCAGGAGCAGGCCAUGCGCCGCGAGCAGGAGGCCAACGCCCUCGAGUACGAAAUGAAGAGGCGGGCACUGCAGCGGGACCUGCAGGACCGGAGGAGGUUGGCCGCUGCUCGAGGCACCGUGCUCUGCAUCGUGGGCUGUGGACUGGCGCUCGGGGCGCUAGGCGUCGCGCUGACCACUGUCGGCGUGCUGCUGCGAGGGGGACCCUGGAAGGCUCCGUGCAUCGUGGCCGGGCCCACGUGCAUCAUCAUGGGGUUCCUCGUGCUCCUGCUCUCGGUCGAGACCAUCAUCAAGUGCCGGCGCGCCCAGCGGUUCCAGCAGUCGGACUCCAAGGAGACCCUCCUGGAGCGGGCCCUGCACAAGGCAACGGGAAAGACGAACACCAAGGACACCAACGUGGACGACGCGACACCCAGCAAGUCCGGGAGGGUCGCCCCGGGUACCAGCGGUAGCGCCGGUGCCGCCGCCGCGGGUGCUGGUGCGGGCACGGGCGCGAACGCCCUACUCCUGGACCCCCAACGACUGGUCGAGCCCUUGCAAGUUGAAGAAGGUGUCGUGGAUACCUAGCCCAGGGCACCUUCCGGCUGGUGACGGUUCACAGUGCCUCUUGGAGCUCGUACCACCGGAGUGCGCGUCUGAGAUCGCUUCAAGACAAGAACGCUGCGCAGAGCUGUAGAAACUAACCGUUCUACACGGCAGAAACGACCACUUGCUGGUCUUCCAGCGCCUCCGAGACUCACGGGACAGACCUGUGGAUGGUCUACGUGACCGUCUACGAGCCGAGGUCUACGUGAAACUGUGGGUGACGACUUGAGUGCCGUGGUUUCCUUAAAACGGUGGAACCUUUGUGAAAUCCGUUUCGAAAGAAACCAGGGUAGCUUGAGACGCCGGUGCACGCUGCCACGUUGAAGACGUCCAAAUAACGCGUGGUGGUUUUAAAAUUCGUCGUGAGGUGUUCCGUACACCCUAAGCAGUGGACAGAGGUUUGACGGCGUUCUCAUUGUGUCACGGCUCUAUGACUCUCGGAUACCGGAUACAUCCGCGAAAUCCUCCACGAAGGCACGUGUGCAUGGUGACGAUGCAGCUUCGUCUGUGUCGUCGUGUCAUUGGCAAAAUAUUCUUCUACUAUACCGGGCCCGUGCCUUCCACGCCAGCGGAAAGAGUUCGACUGGAAUGCUUAGGAAGCCUGCCUUCAUUUGGAUACCCACGUAGCCGUCUGUGUAUGUGCGUGUUAAACAUAGUGAAGUGCGGUGAGCGCCCUCCGAGUUUAGCGUUCCGAUGAAGACGUCAGUGCUGCCGUGACCGAUACUUCGUAAGGGCCACCUUCGACGUCCUCCUUCGCAUCGUUUCUUAUAGUGUGAACGUGACGACAUCUUAAGUCUACACUCCAAGUAUAGAAGUAUGUGGAAGAUUUUACCGUCUCCAUAACAUGUGGUCGUCGGAACAUGUGGAAUUAAGACUGUCGCGGCACAUCGGUGGAUGCCUGCGGUACCGACGUGCGUGGACGAACGGUAAAUGUAUCAAGCAUAACUGAGUAUUUACGCGCGUUCGAUACGUGGUCAGCGUGCCGACUCUGUAAUACGUUGCCGGUUUAUCGGCAAACAUUCGCCGAAGCUUAGAGAACACGACGCUAAAGUUACAUUGCGAGACAUGCUUUAGAUGUCACUCGUCGUGACACUGCGUCAAAAGAAAGUCUCGCGUUACUUAGCGAGACGGUCGAGUAGAAAACUAUGUGUGACUUGAAAAUAUACAUAGGGUGGCUACUUUUGACCGUUUGUUAACGAGAACGUGCAGUAUCAGACGGGUGGCAACGUUUUGUGUGUGUCCAUCGAAGAAUACAUUUCAGAUACUUGCGUAUUGUCGAUGCGCUUGCUAUAUGAGAAUCUAAUAACUCAUAACGAAGACACGAAGUUUUUUGCCCAGUCAGUUAUCGUAUGGCGUAGAAGCUGUUGGCUAUGCUAGCACCGACGACGGUGCAUUCCGUGGUGCGGAGUGAGAUCACGGUCAUCAGCAAAGUCUAGUUCGUUGCAGAAACCACGAAGCAAGCUGGUCCUCGCUGUUAACUUCGUCCUAUACCAGCCCUGGUAUACCAAGAGUGUCGUAUCUUAUCCGGUACGCGGAAAGGUGCACUCUUUACGUCAGCCGUAUUUGCUGUCUUAUAACGGCAGGUGAAGUCGUCGCGUCCAUCACUAACGUUCCCAUAGCCUGCGAAACAGAGUAAAUAGGGCGUUUUAGAAGUGCUGGUAAUACGGUAUUGAGUGCGGCACGGUAUUGCGGUUCCGUGUUAGCGUACCACGCUUCGAAAACGUUCUAGCGUCGCGAGCUUCUGGAUGCGUGCGGUAAUGUUAUGCGAUUAUGAGUAGCUACAACAGGUAUUGCAGACUAACACGUCCACGUGGAAUCUACAAAGGAACGGUACUGCCGUACUCACCGGAGGAUGAGCCAGCACCGCUAAAACACACUAAUGGGGUCUUUUGGCAGUUUCGGUUUACUGUACGCCGAGUACGCAAAUACCGUACCGUUGUGGUCGUUAUUGUAGCGUCAUCGUCAGCCUGACUAUGUCGACUGCAGGGCAAAAGCCUCUCCCAUGAUUUUCCAAUUAACCCGGUCCUGUGCUGACUGCGACCACGUUAUCCCCGCAAACUUCUUAAUCUCAUCUGUCCACCUAACUUUCUGUCUCCCCCUCACGCUCUUGCCUUCUCUUGUACUCUAGUCCGUCACUUUUAAUGACCAGCGGUAAUCUUGCCUUCUCGCCACAUGCCCUGCCGACGCCCAUUUCUUCUCCUUGCUUUCGACUAAGAUGUCCUUAACACCAGUUUGUUCCCUGACCCACUCUGCUCUCUUCUUGUCCCUUAAGGUUACACCCAUCAUUUUCCUUUCCAUGGCGCCCUGAGUGCCAGAACUGUAUUUUAAUGUGCCAGAGCUGCAUCAGCCACUACAAUCGUGUCAUCAUGUUACCGUAUGCAUCGACUAACUGGCGCAGCUCAAACGUUCUUGGAUCGUUGUACAUUUAACAUGGAACGGUAAUGCAGUAGCGGUAACGGUAACGGUACGGUAUUACCGUCAUCGCUGAGACACCCUAAUAUAUUUGUUCACGUGCAUUCACCGUAAUCGCGACACACCAUCUUAAGCCAGAACUGGGGCGCCUUUGGAAGACGUUUUUAAAGAUAUGUACGUGCCUAGGGUUUCUAGCUGUAAUGUCUCUGUGCUGGUUGGAGACGUUCACUGUGAACCAAUAUGGCGGAAAAUUGAGACAGAGAAAGAGCACGUGCUGUGAAGAACGUACCUGCCAUUUCAGGUAGUGCCUCAACUGCGUCCGCGAUUCGAAAAAAAAAGGAACUGUCACAGUGACUGCAUGCCUACGACCAAGACUUUUUUUGACUUGUCGUGAGUCGCAUCACUUGUAUGCUAAUACUACAGUACCAUGGGAUCAAAACUAGUAUAACCACGCACUGCUGGCUAGCCGUACGAAUGUACCGCAUAUCACAGGCGGUGGAGGGCUUAUCUGCGCGCUCUUAUACGCUGUGUCUUUCUUAUCGCACACGUGACGCUUCUGCUAUAAUCACUCAUUUUUUAUCUGCUAACUGUACUUCGUAGCUUCUCUUUUUUCGUAACCAAUGUCAAUGCUGUACGUACGUACCUGUCUUGGAGGAUGUUGCAGUGGUUUCUUUUGUCCAUCAUGAGCUUAAAACAGACAGCAUAGCAAGGUGCCGUAUAGACCCAAAGCAAUGGUCGCAAUUGAGUGCAGUUGCUUCAUUAGCACUUUACGGAUGAAAGCCUGUGAUCAAUAACGGUGUUAUCUAACCUGGAAGCUAGCUCUCGUGUAAAAAAUUACACCAUCUCCCGCUAAAGGGGACCAUGAGGUGAUGCGAAGCAGCUUUUCGGCAUGUCGAGCCCGCGUUUCAGAGGGGGAGUGGAGAGGAGGUGUGUGGAGAGGGGUUGUGUGGAGAGGGUUUGGGCAUGCGCAGUAAGGGUGGUCACGCCGCACACCGGAUUGAACUCCGCCAUUAUAUGCUUCGCAUCUAAAACGUCAAGGUGAAAGACCUGCGGUCAUUGCCUAACCUCUAUACGGCAUCUGACUGUCCAGCCCAGGCACGGUCAGGCGCAGCAAACACAAUGUCGUUCAAAUUUGACUAUGGCCAAACUCGUGGCUGUCAAUCGAUUCGUGCACAUUCAACACCGCGGAGCAUGUAGCCAACGCAUUAAAAUACAGCGCCACGCGAAGUUUACGACUCUUAAAGCAGGUCCGCGUUCGCAUCCAGCACCUCCCAAGAGGUUAGAUAGAAACACUAGUCGUGAAUGACACUUGUGAACAUACGAGGGUCACCUUCAGUGAUCAGUUGCGUUUGUGUCAAGGGUCAGAGGAGUGCUUCGGCACAAGUAACCAUGUUACUACAACAGCUGCUGUAGUUAUCCUUGAGUGAAGUAGGGACAGAGUACUCUGAAUCGUCUACCAUUUGUUCUGAACUCAGUAAUUAAGGGCAGUUGCUUACAGCUAUCCCGCACUAGAGCAAAGAGAGCUCUUAAACGAUUCCAUGCAACUGCUGAAGCUCACAGACUGUGGAAAGUUUCGACCACCACGUACACCUUGUUAGUGGAAUAUCCAUUCGAUAGAUACCUAAGCUUAUGGUAUGUAUCUAUGGUCGGUUACAACCUAUAAAAUCGGAUACAACUUUAGAAGUCCGCGGCAUUUCCUCCUCAAAUGCGGAUGCACACAAGUCCGCACUAAUGGGCACGCACUCGGGACUGACGUCAUGAGCUGGACGGCCGGUGACUCCGCCUUCGGACAACAUUGCCGCGUGCUUGAGUGGGGAUGCGAUCAGCUGCCGCGCUUCGGUCGUCUGGGCGGGGCCUUUCUGGGCUUCAUAAGUUGUAUCCGACUACAGUAUAGACGUUUCAACUAUCUUGACCUCUGUGGAAGCGAAUGGCAAAAUGAAUUGGCGGAACAAAUACACCAUGACGUCAGUUGUUUUGUGGCGGAGGUUCUUUUGAAAACAAACGCGUCAGAUUGACCGAGUGUCACACCGCGUGAAAAUGGGUGUUACCGCGUUCGCGACCAUCGAUAAUCAUUCGAAUAUUCGCAGAAAAAAAAAAUAUGCAGGUUGUUUGCUCCUGCGUUGCGGGUGACCUUGAUUAUGCUUGCUCUGUGGCUGCCGCUAAGCCUCGUGCCUGGGCUGCUUCCGUGACAAAGACAAGCGUGCGCGGGGCUCAGUGUACAGUGCGGUGUGUUUGCUUUGCGGAGGCGGACGAAUAUUCGUGAUAGCGUUGCAUGCGGCUGCCCGUGUUCCGUCCCCGUGUAUCGUAUCGACCCUUCGCUCCGUUCCGUCCUUGUCCUUCUUAUUCCUUUUAUACCACUUGUCUUCUUGCAUUUUUUUUUUCGUAUAUCGCUCUUUCUUUGUACCUAAAGGGCCCCUAAACAACCACCGAAUAUACAAAUAGCGAGCGCCUUCUUCUCUCCAGGCUUUCCCCGUUUUUUUGCGGCACGAUUCGUGACGCCAGCAGUCUGUUCGCGUGACGUCACGAGGCUACAAUCUCUCCAUUGGUUCGUAUACGAGACGUACCAGUUGUGAAUCGUCUCCUACAACCCGCAGUGGUGAUCUAGUGGUUAUGGAACUCGACUGCUGACCCGAAGGUCCCGGGAUCGAAUCCCAGCCCCGGCGGCCGCAUUUCGAUGGAGUCGAUACGCCAGAGGCCCGUGUACUUGGAUUUAGGUGCACGUUAAAGGACACCAGAUGGUCGAAAUUUCCACAGCCCUCCAACAUGGCGUCCCUCGUGAUCAUAUCGUGCUUUUGGGGCGUAAAAUCCCAAGAAUUAUUAUUUGUUACAAUAACUGUCUCCUACCGUGCUUUGCGAGGCAGUCGCACGUCCGUUCUGCAUUGCCUCGCAUGACUAUCGUGCGUGAUCAACUGAUUUCGCUUCGUUUUGAGCGUUUUGGACUGCGCAAGGGAGAUAGCGGCGUGUAGCCGAAAAGCGCGAAAUCCUGAUAGGCUCAACGCUUAAUGCUGACAUCGUCCACGUGUUUUAUGAAGAAAAAAGUAGCGAGGAGGAGACAGCGUCUUUAAGAAUGGUAGUGAAGGUCAAAAAGAAACCACUCUCUCGUCUUUGAACUCGGAGCGGUUUAGGGGCCCUUGAACAGCAACUUAAACAUAUCGUCCAGUAUUCUGCAGAUUCAGAUAGAAACAGAAGAAGAGAUUAAAAAGCCUGUCAAAUAACUUAAGAACUUUGCUUUGUAAUGUAACCUAACCUCCCUGUUACAAAGAACGCGUUCCAAAAGAUUUUGCCACACUUAAAAAGAAAAACAGAGUGGAGUAACCAUGAUUUCACAAGGGAAGGCCUGGGCGUCGCGUCGCUUUUGUAUAGGUCGUGAAUGUGGAGUUAUCGCUUUACAGUCUCCGUCGAAAGUUCCGAAGCCAAGUAACGACCGACGAGGUCUGUUCAAACCAUCUGAGCGAGGUCAUUUACAUAUCUCCCCCACCUGCACACGUCCACAGCAGGCGAUAACCAUCGGUUGCCCUAGGGUCUAAGAAACAGAGAUUCAUAUUAGCACACUGGAGGGAAAACUGCCGCUAGCAUCUACUUGAGCUGCAACGCAUGGCGCUUCUGCCAGCGUGGGAAUUAUGAGUAGUACAUGGAUUUGCCUAAGGUUCGUUCUUUCGGUUCCAUGUAUAGCCUGCAGCCGCUUUGGUCGCAAGAUGAAGUUCAGCAAAAGUUCAGCAGUCCCAUUUCACUACCUUGACCCUUCUAGGCUGACCAAUUCAACUCAGCUCCCGAGCUUCACAACUAGCCAUUCUUUUAUCGGAAACAAAAGUCGAAACGCCACAAUAUACAAAGCCACAAGCGCGUUCGAAGCCGCAAGUACGAAGACUACAAGCAAAUCCAUGUACUUCCCGUCAUUCCCGUGGCGGCUGAACGAUCGCAGCGCCACAAUUCCCUCUAGUGAGCAUUGUAGGAAACUGUAUGGUUUAAGGUUACCAGAGAAAGGGAAUGGUGAGGGGUUCGUUUCUUGAUUGUGCACAGCCAAACGAAGCCCAGUAAAGCGAAGCCAACAAAUAAUGAAGCUUCAAUAGGUGUUGACUUCAUCAUGUAGAGUCCAAAUUGGUCACAUCUUUCAUGUUUUUAGAUCGCCAAGCAUGUUUAGACGAACUGUGAAACGUGACCCGCUGACAGACCUCCUCGGCCGUGGAACUGGCUUUUGUUUUUUGACAAAGACUGCAAAGACGAUAGCGUUGUUGUUGUUUUUUUUUUUUCUUAAAGCAAACUGCACGUGGGCGUUCAUCGCAUUCAUCGCUGUUACAAACACUGACGGCUUUAUAGCGUGUUCUAUGUAUUUUAUAAAACAAGAACAAAAUACUCUCGGAGCUGCUUUUUCUAUCACUUUGUCGAAAGCCAAAUAAACGUGUUUCUCGUU